AUGAACGUUGUACAAAAGUAUGUUAGUGAUAGUGGCCUCGAAGAGAAUUCAGAGCUGAAACUAUACAUUCGGGAUUUCUUAUUAGCUGAAGAGUGUUUCUGUCUAUUUAAAUGGGCAGGGUCACUUAGUAAUAUUGUAACAUAUUUAUUACCAGUGGUAUUAUUUUUUUAUUUUCGUAAAAUCGAAAAUCAAUCACCAUCUGAUGCAAUCAAAUAUUUGGGUAUUAUAUCAUUUUAUAAAUAUUUAUUUGAUUUAUUAUAUACACUGAUAUGUGUAACAGAAUCAUUAUUAAUUACAAUAACAAUGGGUGAACGUCUCUAUCAAUUAAAAUUAAAAUUAAUAUCACUAAUUGAAUAUCAAUUAAAAUGUUUUAAAAAUAAAUUACAAUUAAAUAUAAGACAAUUUAAUUUAAAUUUAUUUGAAAUGAAACAUAUGACAAUUAGAAUACCACCGCUAAAAUUAUUAGGGAUGAUGAAAAAAAAUGAUGAUGAAACAACUAACGCUAAUAUUAUAUUACAAAAAAAUUUAAAUUUAAAAGCAGAAAGAGAACAAUGUAUAUUAAUUACAGGUAAUGUGUAUAUGUGA